ACAUGUGAUGCUGCCACGAGAGCUUUCAAAACAAUUGCCAAAAAAUCGUCUGAUGUCUGAAGAGGAGUGGAGACAACUUGGUAUUCAGCAAAGUCUUGGCUGGGUUCACUAUAUGAUCCAUGAGCCAGAGCCACACAUUCUGCUCUUCAGAAGACCUCUUCCAAAGAAUGAUCAGAAAUAA